CUGACCUGUCACUUUUCACCUGUGGCUUCUACCGAGCUGUCGAAUACAAUGGAACAUGCCGCUGAGGCAGGCUCUCGCAUUAGCCCAUCUGGGCACGGCAGUGCACAGCCCGUCAUUCUGCUGCGCUGUAGGCGUUCGCCUGCAUAUUCGCUUGUCGUGCAUUUGCCUUGGUCAGCUUGCUCUGCCCUCCCCAAGCGACAUCACCGUGACCUGGAGCUGGCAGCACCGUGGCACGAUGGCAAAGGGUUCAUAGUGCAUCCAUGACUCGCUAUUGCAUCUGCUAUGGGACGCACGCAUUUCGUGCAGCUAGGCUUGGGCUUUCAAGGACGAGCCUGCUUCUCCACGACGGCUGCUAAACGGCCACCAACUUGCGCUAUCCGUAUCCUGGCCCUGUAUUCUUCAACACCUUGGCGAGCUUGAUGAUGAACAUGCAUGACAUGCCGGGUGUAUUACAGAUGUAGGGCACGCGGCUGAGCACCAGGAGAUCAGCGCCUGAAGGUGAUACGGUUUGGAGCACAGCUUCGCAGCUCAAAAACGCUGUCGUCGCUGGACCGGCCUUCGGAUCCUGUGCACGAUACUUCGAUUCAUUCACGCAUCCAUCCAUUUGCUACACCAGCAGCUCCGCCAAUGCUGCGGACACGAACUGCAACACGAGUGGCCAAGUCGUGACGAAUGUGAUGAAUCACCCAGCAUCCAACAUCAGCGGGCGUUGUUAGCUUGAUGCGGAUCCCUUACUCUUGCUACUCUAUCUGGCUGCACCGGCGCAAUCUUCAGCAUGCCGUUGCUAAUUUCCCGCCCGCGACCCACAAGUAACGCGAACGCAGCUCUACAAGCCCCAUGGGUUGUCUGGAGAAAAGGUACAACAAAGUCGGACGAUAUGAUGGAUUCAAGGCCCUGGCGCCAUUCAGCCCGGCCAAUCAUCCCCUCGGAGAUAUUCCGUGUAGCCCAGCAGUUUAGGCAGCAUCUUUACCACCGAAUUGGCCAAAAUUGCUCAAAAGGGAGAUAAAAAGACGCGAGAAUCACAAAUUCUUCCCGUAGCUAAGCUCUGGCCAAGGAGCGAGGUGGUUCCGAGACAUUCAGCCACAGGCUACCAAGAGCUGGAAGAGGAUCGACAAGUGUCAAAGAACCCGUUCAUCUUGUCCUUGAUUUGGCCUGGUACAGAAGGGCCCGGCUAGCUUGCAAGUCAUUUCUGAGACAUGCGACAUUCGCCUCUUCACCUUGACUAUGGCUGUCUUGCCGCAUGCUGCCCGCAAAUCUGCUGCACGCAGUAUCGUGCGAUCCUUGUUAGGGUCGUUGGCUGCGACCUGGCAGCGUUCGCGUAACGCUCUUGAAGGAGUUAGUACCAGUGACCCCUGCGUUUACGGCUGCCGGCGACAUCUUAACGGGGACGCCAACACAUCAUCCGUGAUUUUGCCAGCAUCUAGAUGAAAGCACGUAGAGCUCGGGCCAAUUCGAGGCCAAGGUGAAGAAGCCCUGCGGUCGUCUGCUCUUUGCCUGUAUUCGGCGUCUCUCCAGCAUGACAGUCACUCAAAUGAUGGGAGCUAUUGCGUUCACUGCUCAUCAUUCGAACAAGGCACUAUACAUGGGAACGCGCCCAGCUAACAAAACGAGAAUCCCAUGCAGACAGGUGUGGGUUAUUGGCAAGCCUUCCAGUUCGAUGUUUCUCCUAUUUUUGUGACCUCACACGUGCUAAACGCCGUGGCUGCCUCCAUACCUCUCCACCUGCACGAGGAGACAAGGCGUGCGACAUGCCAGUGGGUUCCCCGGUGGGCAAGGUAUCAGAACACAACAGGCGCGGGCUUCUCCGGAUGUUUUGACGAAGCCCGUACUGAACGGCAAAUCCCUUGCGUUACACUUGUCCGAGCAUACCAAUGCUUUUCUUCGUUGAACAAGGAUUGUAGAAGCGCCGCAAAUUCUAACCUUUUGUGCCUGUGCCUUGGCGCACAAACACACUGCAGCCGCAGCUGGCUAGCUGUCGUUUUUUUUUCAACGGACGCCUGUUUGCUGACACGCUAGUCGCCAGGCUAGUUCACAUGGUGGCAAGGCCAGCCAGAACUGAGUGGAGCGAUAUCGAACGGCUCGGGCCUUACUGGAAGCUAGACGGAACACAGAAGGUGGUGCGGAGGGAUCCACGCGUGCGCAGACAAAUGAAUCAAUUGCGCUCGGCGUUUCCAAGUAUUACAGGUGGAGAUUGGGACAAGGGCCCUUUGGUAGGAGCUUUUGCUCAGCAUUAGGAUUCUUUUCUCGCUCGGUUAGCGGCAGCCGCCUCUUUGGGGGUCUCCAAGAUGGCGUUGAUGACAGGGCAAUGGAAGCACGGCAGACUGGUUGUUUCUUUGUGCGGCAAAGGGGAGGCUUUGAUGGUGCAAGGCACGCGUGCUUCUGUAUCAUCAAGGACCCUGCCGCGCACGCAAACUUGGCUGAGCCAGUGGCGUAGCAAAGAACGGCGAGGCGACCCAAGGCAUCGCCCUCCGAAGGCCGACAGGACGCCAGGGCUGGGUCGCAGGCUGCUGUACAGCAAUACUUGUAAAGUUUACAGGUCGCUCGGCGAGCAAUAAGAAUGGAGUGGCAUGUUGCGGGCCCACCACAUUGCGAGGACCCAGGCGCCACAUGUUCCACUUCUCAACGGCGGCGGCGAUUUCAGGACGAAAUGGAGGGUGAAAGAGUGACAGAAGGGCCAAGGGUGUAUUGAUGCAACCCACACGCGCCGGGCGCUGGCUAUUUUGCCUCGAGGUCUGGUGGUCUAAUGGAUCGAACCAAAGUAGCCUGCGCUUUCCGGUCUUAUUUCCUCUCUCCACCGUUGACGAGACUCGUCAUAAGCAAUCAAUCUCAGCCGGCUUCGACCCUUUCUUCUCAAUUUCUUCCUUUCCGCCUCAAGCGCCUUCAAAUCCCCCCUCUCCGAUUUCCGAGCCUGUGUAACAUUCCCUAUUUUGCUGUUCCGAUCUUCUUCACCCUCACCUCACCUUGGAUUGGACUACUGCAAGGGUUCACUAUACUCUCACCACCCACGCAACGCUCCAGUCGACGCUGUAGAGCCACACCAACUAUUUAUUACCACAAAUAUCCCACAAACCUUUCUCGCUGCUGCAUCUCUCCAGACAUUCUUUUACUCCAUUGAUCUUUUCUCUCGGCACUGAAAGCCAACGUCAAAGAACGAAACACCGGGCCGAACGACCCUUGAACACUUCCCCCGUCGGCCGAUCUGCUUCUGCACCGGCCCAAAUAAUUCCUGCUACGCAUCCCGGACAGUGAUUGCUUCCAUUCGAGCACAGCCCACUGUUUUCAAGCUCUCGAAAAGGUUUCGGAAGAGAAAUCGCAUUGUCAAGAAGCAAACAGAGUCAGACCAGGUAACGACACCCUUGACUCGACCACGGGCUGACCGAGACUCUUUUCUCCACGACUCGGAACAGAUAUCCAGCAUCCCCAACUACUAUCAUCUCCUUACACUCACUUAACCCUGCAAGAGCCUCCCCUAAAACAUUCCAAGCAUAGGAAGCAGUUCUCCAUAUCUAAUCUACCGACCGUCUCAAGCUUCCGCCAACCCUUCUUCUCCUGACAACAAGGGUUAUCUGCACGGUGCGGCCCGCAGUUGGUGUAAGAUCCCCACAUUGGGCAAGGAAGUUGGAACAAAAGAACUUUGCUCUCCGACAUUUGCUUUCUUGUUCGGCAAAUCGAACGUUAGCUAUAUAAUCUCUCUGGCUUUACUUAAAUCCCAGACCGCUCGCCAUAUCGUUGCUGACCUACAACAUCUCGCUAACCCUUUGCUUCUAACCUCAUACACCAUGGCAUACGACUCGUUCCCCGUUGUCUGCAGGAACAAUAUCCUUGAUAUUGGGGGUAGCAUCCUCAGUGACGAUAUUGCACAGCGUUUGAAACGUGCUCUGACCGGCAUUUACAAGCCUGGUGAAAAGCCAAUAUUGCCCGAUGAGUUGCUCUACGAUGGCUUAGGUCUCUUCAUCUGGAACGAAAUCAUCAUGAUUCCUGAAUUCUAUCAAACUCAUGAUGAAAUUGCUAUGUUUGAUAACAACGGCGCCGACAUUGUCAGCCGUAUUCCAGAUAAUGUUACCAUGAUCGAUCUUGGCGCUGGUGACACUCGCAAGGUCCAACAUCUCCUCGCUGCAUUCGAAACCGCUAAGAAGCCCGCUACCUACCUCGCUUUAGACAUCUCCAAGGCAUCAUUGGAGCAAAAUGUUAGCUACCUAGUGUCCAUGCACUCCGACUCAGGGUCUUCCGUGCAGUGUGGCGGCCUCUGGGGCACCUUUGGCGACGGCAUGGCUCACGUCGAGACUAUCCAGUCCCCUCGACUAUUUCUUUCGCUUGGCUCAGUUCUCUGCAACGAUCCCUGGUUUGAAGCUCUUUCUCACCUGCGUAGCUGGGCCCGCCUCAUGCAACCUGACGACUACCUUCUGAUUGGCAUGGACGGCCAUCUCAUGCCCCAAGAUGGGGAGAAAAUUUGGGAUGCAUACCACUCUUGCGAUGACCUCUACAAACAGUUCUUUCUCAAUGGCUUUCGAUUCUCCAACGAGCUUCUUGAGGAAGAAUGGUUCCGCGAAGAGGACUGGGAUCUCCUUGCUGAGAUGGAGGAGCACCCGACCACAAGACACCGAUUCUUCUUCCGCGCCAAGACGGCCGUCACCAUCAAGAGCCUGGACUUGACGUUCGACAAGGGUCAAGAGCUUGAUUGGUUUGACUCUCACAAGUACGGUGAAGAAUCCGUUCGUCUCAUGUGCAGUAAGGCUGGACUUGUGGUCGAGAAAGUGUGGCAGGCUCCUGGAUCGGAGUUCCGACAAUAUCUUGUUCGUAUUCGACAGGGCAAAGACGAUGGCAACGAUGGCGACAGUGCCGUCGCCGGCCUGGACUAACUUUAUCCUCAUCACCGUCACAUCACCGACCAUUGGUUCAUUCAUGAGCCUGGUCUGGGCAUCUGAUUCGUCAGAGUGUGGCAAAAAAAAAAGUGCUUUGUUUCUCGCUUUAUAUUUAUUAUUGCUGCAAAUCCUGGCGGCAAUUUGUACAACUAUGUGAGGCAUAGGACCUCAUAUUCCUUCUCCUGUGCCUUGAGCACGACCAGCUCCCACCACGGUCGCCGGUCGCUCACAUGGGCAGGCAACUUCUCGUCCUUCGGGGUAUCGAUAUCUUUGUCGAGCCAGCUGAUAAUUCGUUUUAAUGCAUCAUAGAGGGGGGGCACGCUCUGUUAAACAGAGUGAAAUGGUUAGCGAUCUGCAUGCUCAGGACAAGGAGCCCACGGUGUUUCAAUUUUUCCAUUUUUUUUCUUAGAUCCAACAGGGAUAGAGUAGACAAAUGAACUGAUUUGACUUAC